CUUGCGAGUGUGUUCCGUUUUGUUUGAGUGCCUACUUCUGUGAUCGGAAAUAUGAAAACAAAGUAGAAUAGAAAUUGGACUUUCUAGUGAAAUUCGGUAAAAUUUAUGGUCAAACUUUUCCCAAAUGAAUCGUUUCGAGUAUUGUGCGGCUCGGCUAGCGGAGAACGAAUCGUUUGUGGCCAAAGACCGUAAUAUCAAGCUGUACGAUGGUGAUGAAAAGACUAGCUACGAGGACGGUGAACUCGUCCUGACCAGCCAUCGACUGCUGUGGGGUCGCAACGGAGAGAUUGCACGCGGUGGCAAUGCCCUAUCGCUUCGAUUGAAAUACGUCCAAUCGUUCGACGAAGAGGAAGCCAGCUCGAUGCUGUUCGGGCGGAAGAAACGCAUCAUCCUCAGGCUGGGACCGAUACUGCCGGACAAGACACCCGGCCCGAUGGACUACAGUGUGGCAUCGUUUGUGAAAAUUUCCGGCAAAAACGGAGUCGAGCCCGGAUUUGUCCAAGCCCUGUACGAAACGGUGAAAGCUAAAAUUUGGGCGGUCACCGAUGGGGAAAGUUCCAACCCAAGUACGCCAACUGCUGCGGAACCAUCGAAGCGGGUUCUACGAACCGGGAUAAUGGGAAUCGAAAGGAAUCUGGUCGAAAAACAUAAGCAAACCGAUGAAAGUAUCAGCUUGGCUUUCAAGGAUCUGGGGAAACUGAUGGAGAAAGCCAAGGAAAUGGUUGCCGUGUCGAAGGUUGUUAGCGCAAAAAUUCGCGAACGCCACGGGGACAUAUCCGAGGACGAAACCGUACGAUUCAAGUCGUACCUGAUGAGCUUGGGCAUUGACGAUCCGGUGACCAGAGAUGGGACGAGAAGCAAUUCCGAGUACUUCAUGAAACUUUCGCAGCAAUUGGUUGAAAUGUUGUUGGAUCCUAUAACGGAAGCCGGUGGGAUGAUGUCCCUUGCCGACGUUUACUGCAGAGUUAAUCGAGCACGUGGCCUCGAACUGCUGUCACCCGAAGAUUUACUAGAAGCAUGCAAAUUAUUAAUCGGACCAAUCAAAUUGAGACAAUUUCCAAGCGGUGCCAUGGUGCUACAACUGGACAAUCACGAUGACGAAUUGGUGUCGCAGGAAACGGCAGAACUCGUGGAGAAGAGCACAUCGAUCAGUGCUGAUGAGCUGGCACGAGUUGUAGGCAUAUCCCUAUUGUUGGCGAACGAGCGACUAUUAACGGCCGAACGAUUGGGAAAACUUUGUCGCGACGAAUCGAUAGAGGGCCUUCGGUUUUAUCCAAACUUGUUUCUUCAAUAAAGCCAUUUAUUUAAAUCCCA